UUCACUGUUAAAUGAGCCUCAGGUGGGAGGAGGAGUGGACAAGUAGCAGCUGCCUGCCAUAAAGAGGUGUUUAAAGAAAAAUGAAUACUGCCUCAACUUCAGAAAGUGGAUCAUAUUCCACAAACCACCCAAGACCCUUUUUUUAUGCACAGCCAUCAGCGCAGCAGCCUUAUCCAAAUCCAUGGUAUCUUAGUCAUGCGUUCAGUCCAUACUGCGUACCUGCUCCAGGCUUCCGAAGUGGAAAUCCGUAUUUUCCAUUUUAUUCUGUUGCGUUCCAUGAAUACCCUGGAUUUUUUGUUCCACAGCAUCCCGUGCAUGCAAGAAUUAACAGAAGGCCUUAUUUUAACGCUGCCCCACCUUCCCCUAUGUUUUAUCACGCAACGAGAUUUAGACAUUAUAAUAGCCCUGGGAAGAAAAUGGAGACAAAAGAAACACAGACUGAUCCUAGACAGCCUGAAAGCAAGCAAAAAAAGCACCAAGAUAUCCGUACAGAAACGAAAGGUUGUGAUGCAGGAAAUCUAGCCUGUGUUUCUCCUGGUAUAGGUACAGAGACUGAAAGUACUUCAGAGAAACAGGAUUCAUUUGGCUCUUCCAUUGUGGUAGACAGAGAGUUUCAUAAUAAGAACCCUGCCAGCUCUCCACAGUAUAGAAAUCUUCCUACUGGAAGCUAUGCCUUUGAGAAGGAAGAAGUAAGGAUAGAAUAUGGAAAUGGCUCUCCAGCUAUUCAGCUGUGGAAGUCCUUUAAAGAAACGAUCCCGUUGUAUGAUGUGGCAAGUGGUAAACCAGUUCCAGAGAACAUAGUGCCACAUGACUUAUUUUCUCUUAGCUCAUGUGAAGGCAUGAUAUAUGGCCCUCAUGAAGGGGAGAAAAUGGUGCCAGGAGCUUCCUUAGAUGAGAGAAAAGCUGUUGUCACCUCCAAACAGGGCACUGAAACUGUGCAAGAGAAAGAUGUCCAAAAUAAUGGUGCAAAGCUGGAUGUAGAAAAGCUGGCAAAUUCCCCCCCAGGUGAAACCAUGGCAGUGCAAAUCACAGAGUUGGCAAGAUCUGUUGGUGUAGAUCAACCAGUGGUAAGACAGGAUGUAGUGAUAGCUAAGAAAUCUAGCACUAAAAAGUCUGCAGGCUCAAAAACCUCUCAAGAAGAGCCCAGCUUUAUUCAACAAGCAGGACUACUUCCAUCUAAUAUAGAGGUAAUGAGCGACUUUCAGCAGAAAAAGUUGAAUUUAAGCCACAGUGCAGCUAAUGAAAGUCAGACAGAGAAAAAUAUUUGGUGUGACAAAUCAACUGAGAGGUUUUCUCCCUCUAGCAGCUGGCUGGCUUGUUUGGACAGUAUGGACACAAACUACAAUGUUUGUUUGCCACAAAGGAAGCGUCAAAGUGUAAUCAGUCUGUCUUCUGAUGACAUGUCCUCUAGAGAGGAAGGCUCAUCAAUUGAUAAUGCCCCAGUGUCUUAUUUUGUCCCUGACUAUGUGCUUCAGAAAAGCACGUAUACUCUUCAGAAAAGUACGGAGGGCUUAGAGAGAGAGCAAAUUAAAAGUGGUGGGUCCCUUAAUGUAGAUGAAGUAGUAGGAAAAGAGCAGGUGAACAGCUUGAAUGACCAAGAUGUCAACUCUUCAAACACAAAGAUUAAAGAGGCUCCCAGUAAAGGUAGAAAGCCGGGAACCCUUUCUAGGUCCUCUAGUAGGAAAGAAAUAGAUUCUCUCAACAAAAAAGCAACUAAGAGUUUGUCAGAAGUUGAGGACUCUGAAGAAUAUUCUGUGAAGGGAGAAGAGGAAGAUGAAGAGGAUGAGUAUGAGGAGGAAGAGGAUGACAUGGAUGAAAUGGAGUAUUUCUUUCAAGAAGCCCCUCCAUAUGGCAUCUUGAAGCCAAGUAAAGGGAAUUUCUACCAAGUUGGCCAGAGAGUGUUUUGGAAACCACUUAAAAAUGCUGUACCAGCACAAUUAAUUAGCUGGCCUGCUCAAGAGAAAAUAAAAGCUAGGAGCGGGCUUGUUGAAAAUAUUGGUUUAUUUUACAAGCCAAAGAAGAGAGAACAAGAUGAAGCUGUAUACAGUGACUAUGGGUAUUAUGGAAGAAAGAGGCCUAUGACAAGAAGAGAAGGACUGGAACACCAGCGAAUGCUACGGAAAUUCUUGGGAGGAAGGCUGUUAAGGGAGAACAUGCGGAUACCACCUGAAGAGUACUGGAUUAGAAGUGGUGCUAAGCCCAGAUUUACCAGCCAAGUAUGUGGUAGUCUCUCACCUUCAGCAAAGAGCAAAGAACAAGUGUGUCCACCUUUGGUUAAACCAAAGAAGAAAAGAAUUGGCAAGCCACCUUCAAAACGCAGAGACACGAGACAUGAGGUGGAAGAAGUAGAACUGUGGGAGCUGCCUAAACACAGUGUACACAAAGGGCAUGGAACAAGAAAGUCCCUCUCUAAGAAAAGAUAAUUGCAAAUAUUGGGGCAGGAGGGGGAAAUACCAAAGGUUUGUUUUGUAUAAAUCCAAAAUUUGAUUAUUAUUCUCUUGUAUAUUUUGUGAGUUGCUGUUCACUCUAAAAGGGUAAGAAGUGACACUGUAAAGACUGAGGACACAAUUAAAAUGCAAUGAAAUAGUUAACACCAAAGUCACCUUUUAUAACUAGCACAUCCACUAUUUAAAUAAUAAAUUUCAUAGAAUUGCACUUUGAGACUUCUUGUGUUCCAUCUUUACACAGUAGCAAAAAAACGUGAGAUGGGAAUGUAUGUGCACAACUGCUAUUACAGCAUGAUAGUUAUUGCUGCCCUGGUCUUAAACUCUGCAGGAUUGUGAAGCCUGUCCAUGUCAUCUCAUAGUCACAUGAUGUGGACAUAAGUACAAGAUUCUUUUCUACCAGCUGGAUUUGUUUUUGUCAAAGUGUAAAGGAAUAUAGUUACAGCUGUAUCAAGUCAAGCACCCUUUUAAUGUUUCAAGGCAGUUCCUCAGAUCUUACCCUCUUCAAAAGUGAUUGAGGACUAAAACUAAAGCACUGAGUAGAUGUGAUACUUCCCUCUCCUCCCCUUUUUCUCUGGAGAUUCCUGAGUCCUUUAUGGAGACCCUGAGGUGGAUCAGAAAGGUGAAAUAGAAGUUUUUAGUGGUGUGCCUUGUUUUCUGACUUCUUACUGAUGCCUUCUAUUAUAGUUGAUAGUGUCCCUGGAAGUCUCUUUAUAGAACUAAGAUGAUAAAACUAGGUCUGUGCUGAGCUAUCUUAUGAAUAAUGGAAAUAGACUGAUCUAGAUGAGGUGGAUAGCUCAAAAAUAUGUAAUUUUUUUUCCAUGUCUAUGAAGGCUAUUAUGUGUGUAAGAAGAAUAAACAUGAUACUGCCAGUCUUGAAUUAUUCCCUAAUUAAGUGAUAGUGUGAGUGAAAAAGGUAGGGAAACAAAAAAACAGCAGCAAAACAAACACCUGUUUUUUCUUUAAAAAGGGUAGGAUGAAUGGACAGACAGAACUUGUCUUUUGCCUCCUCUCCCAUGUUCUUAUUCUGUCUGUACCCUAGAGUAACCUACAUGGAUAAAAGUAGCAUUUCCUGUGACUGUGUUCAAGUUUUGUGCCUACCUAUUACUAGUUUGACUUGUAACUUGGGUUGUUUUCCCUCUUAGUGAGGAGUACUGAUGUUUCCCUACCCAACUGAUCCCUUACCUAUUAUUUUUAAUACCACCUGCUAAAUUGUUAAAGCUCUGCUGUAGCUACAGCCUUUACCACAAGCUGCUAGGGGAAGGAAGCCAUUGUGAUGACAAAUUUUGAAUUCCUUUUUACCUAAAGCAAUGAAAGAAAAUAAAUGCAAUAAAAAUUCUUAUUUGGCUUCUGUGCUGCACAAAAUCUCUGUACUGGAACCUCAAAGAAUGAAAUGAGGAAUUACUUCAAGCAUGGAGCUUUUUAACACCCAAUUCUGCUGACAGGCUUAGCUGUAUCUUUUGCUGCUUAUCUGAUAAAGGAAUAUUCAUGAUCUCCCAAUCAGAUGCCAUUCUUACUUUUGAGAAUGGGUAAUACUUGACAGGUACCCCAAUGAUCCUGCUAGUCAUCCUUUUACAGGUCUUGCACUACUCCGUGUGAUUUCAACUCAGAAGCAAGAAGCAAUUUAGGGCCUGAUGAUGCUCCUGAGGGGAUGUGAGGGAGUAGCAGGAGGAGAGUUUAGGCAGCUCUUUGUCUGAAAACAAAUGCUAUUUCAAACUGGUUGUAUCUUGUAGUACGCCCAUGCUAUGCCCACUACUUAAAGUAGUAUGCAUGAAUGCUCCAGUAUUCAAUAAAUAAUUGUUUGAUAAGGUUAUAUGCAGUGUAUUCUACUCUAACAGUACUAGUCCUGAGACCUUAAAACUAAAUCUUCUACUUGGCUCUUUUUCCAUUCAGCAGCAUGGACAAUUUGUGGAUUGCAUCUUAACUGGCUUACAGCUGAAUCUAAUGUUCCAGUGGUUAAAAUGGCCAUGCUUCACAAAGGCUGGGAAGUACAAACUGCACUUAAAAGGCUGUGAAUUCAAGCCCAGGCUCUUUUUAUUCAGCCAGGUAACUAGGCACAAUGCUAUUUAGUUUUGCAGAUGCACAUACGUGUCAGCUUUUGUUCCCACUGCAGCCAGACUGACUGCCCAGUGACUCACUGCAGUGCUGGCAGUACUGUGAACUGUCGCAGUACUGCAUUGCCUUGGAAGUUUUCACAUGCUUCCCGCAGCAUCUCCUGAAAGGCAGCUGAAGAAUCUAUUUGCUGCUUGGCACACCAGUAACAAACCUUAGAGGCCUCUGGGAUUGCCAUACUGAGAGCAUUGUUUGAACAGAUUUACUGUCUGUGGCUCAGGACUUCUAAAUUAUUAUUUGUAGCUAACUGAAACCUCUGUUGCAAAGUGGGUGUGGUGUAAUCACUGAUGUGGAGCUGUGGGUUAUGUUGGCUUGCCAGGAAUUAAUUCUGUAUUUUAAUUUUCAGUUUGGUAGCACCUGGAUGGCAUAAAUUUUUUUCCCUUUUACAAUGUCUGGUGUUCUGCCUUAUUGGAGAAUAUUUACUACAGGUCUUUCUAUUAAAAUCAAACAAAGGAAGAUUAGAGCCAGUGGCAAAAAAACCAAAACAAUCCCCAAACCCUUAACACUUGUGGCAUGCUAACUGAAGGCAUACCAAGGAAAAACAAAUUAAUUCUUUUUUUUAGAGUCCUCAGCUUCCCCUGACUCACUGCCACUGGCUGUCUCACUCAAAAAGACUGUAAACCCCAACUAAUUGCAUGGCCAAAGAAAUAAGACAAGUAUCAGUAUUUUUCCUGAAAUACUUUUCUGACAAAAAUGGUGCAUAGUAUUAAGGUAAGAGCUGGGAAGCUGUAUUGCCUUUAAGAUUUGUUUUAGCUGCAUUUUACACUUAUUUAGUUUCAUGGGACUAUAUAAUUAUGCUAUUAUUAUCACCUGGUCUUCAACAGAACACUCAAAUGGAAAUACAGCCCUACAAUGAAAGCCAGAGAAGUUUUUUGAACAAAACCAUUAAAUGGUUAUGAUUUAAAAAAUAAGGCUAGUCAGCCUUUCAAGACUCUAACUUUCUGUGUUUACUUCUACAUGAACUGUUCUUCAUUAAUCUAAAGGGAUGUUGGUAUUUAUCUCUAGUCCACAUAUUUUAAAAAGACUUAUCUUAAAUGACAGCUUUGGCACUGUUUAAAAUGCCAAAUGAUGACGUGAAUCAUACUUCUCAGCACUCUAGCCCUGGCUGUUAAAAGUACUCCUAUAAAUCUUAGUCUAUUGAAACUGUUCAAUUUUGAAAUGCUACUUUUAUGAGUUGCAGUAAAGACCUACAUGUAUGGGACAUGAUAGAGACUUAUAAAACUGGAAAUGAUAUAGGGAGAACAAACAGGAAUCAAUUAUUCACAUACUUUCCAGUGGAAGAUUAAAGGUGUAUGAAAUUAAACUAGUACAAAGCAGUCUGAAAGCCAACUGCUACAGAUUAAUAAAUAGUGAAGAAGAGCUCAUUGCUGAGGAAAAUGGCAAAGUUUACAAGAAGUGAAUGGAUAUAAAAGAAAAUAUAUAUCCAAGGCUACUAAAUGCUAAAAUCUACCCUAUGAUUCUAAGUACCUGCACUAAAGGUACUCUCAGCAGUAGAGGCUGAGAGAGCAUUUCAGUGAAGCAACAAAUAAUGCCAGUGAGUUUUCACUGCUCUGCUGUGUAGCAUCUUCUAUUAGCCAUGAUUGGAAAGCCGGUGCUAUAAACAGACCUUUAGUCAGGCAUAGAAGAGUGAUUUGGCAUCUCAAACUUGUAUCAAAUCUAAGUUAGAAAGGGUCUCCUAAGCAAUUUUUCAUAAUUGUUCACAUAAUAAAGCCUGGUAGAUACACAGAGAAAGUCCAUGAGCAAGGAAGAGGAUUGCAAAGGAAAACUGAGUUUGUUUUUAUUAACCUAAGCUUUAGAACAAUUUUAAAUGACAAAAGCUGAGGUAAUUGAAGAGGUCUUCAGCUACCCCUGCUCUAGACAAGCCUGAGUAAGAAUUCUCUUGGAAUGCAUCAGGUGAAUAUCAGGCCUCCAGCAUCUGUUCAAUAAUCUACAAAUGCAUUAAUCUCAGCACCAAUUGUGG